UUAAGAUCUGCUGAAUGAAUAGACCUCUUCGCGUUGUUUCAAAAUAGCCAUUAACUUUCAAGAUCCGUCGUUAUAUAUUGUACUUCCUGGAUAUUUACAUCUCUGCCAAUCAAGUGCCAAGUGCGUAAAUGCAAUAGCGAAGAGAGAGAUUGGAAGAAGCACCAUGGACCAAGGAACAGAGGCAACGCGAGGACGAGGAACGCGCUCAAACGUUGAGGAGGGAACGUCUGAUGCGCGAGAUCGAGCUCGGUGCUUUGAACACAAAGCGUUAUCGCACUUUAUGGCGGGAGAUGAUGAUGAGGAUCAAGAUGCCGCAGAUCGAGGAGGAUAUGGAGAUCGCCUGGCGCAACUUCGAUCGAGCUCUCGACAUCAAGGACUAUAGAAUAAGUUUUUUGAUGGAUGAAUUGGCCGAGAGCGAGGAGCAAUAUCAAAGAAAUAUAAGAUCACACACUGAGAUCAUAGAUCGAUUAUUGGAAAUGUACGGAGAGAGAAUGCAACGCGAAGAAAAAAAUUAUCAAAAAACUUUAAAGGAGACGCUUGAUCAGACGGAUUAUGACGUCGACAAAAUUCAUCAUCAACAAAACGAAGAUGAGAUCUUGUUACAAGCCAUCACUCAUGGAGUUCUGCAACAACUAGAAGAAUCAUUAAAUAAUUUCAAGAGCAUUGCAUUAAGUAAAAUCGAUGCAUUUGUAGAAGAUAGCAAAGAUACUCGACGAAUUUCUGCAGCUCAACUUGAAAAUCAACUGCGAAACUUUUGGGAAGAUUUGCGAAGAGUUCUAUCAGAUUAUCAAAACAGGACAAAGUCUCGUCAAAAAUAUUACGAGGCACUCAAAGAGAAAGACGAGAAGGACCAGCAAAUGAUCGCGCAACAAUUGUUACGAAUGACAAAUCUUUUCGAAGAGAUACGAAAGUUUCGAAGCAAAAUGACAACGUAUGAUGCCACGGCCAAGACAGAAAUCUCUGAAAUUCUGGAUGAACACGACUUUUUUCAAAAAGCUUACUGGACUGUGAAAAACCGUUUUCUCUCAGAACAGACGAAAGACAAAGACCAAUUGAAGAUACUGUCGAUUGAAUAUAACAAGACAAUAAAACACUUAAAGGCCCUUGCGAUAAAAGGCAAACGACUGCUCGCGCUGAUGCAAAUCUGUAGCAAAUAUGAAACACAACGUGAAAAAGUAAUGCCGUUUGCUGAUCAUACGAAGCUAGAAGACUCGUCGCCUUUGUCAUGUCAUAUUUUAACUAUAUCAGAUCGGGAUAUAUUUUACCAGAUAGAAGAUUUUCAAGAUCUGACAAAUUUCUGGCGACGACUCGGCAUCGCGCAAAUAAUCACUAUGCAAUUGCGAUCAGAAAGGGACAGAUUAAAGGACGAGGCGAAUCGUUUACGCGAGUACAUCAGUUCUUACAUGACACAAGAGGUGCACAUUCAAUGA